AUGCGCUUCUCGUGUUUCAAAAAGCCCUUCUCACCUUUAGAUGAAUUCUGCUAUCACGUCCUUGGUGGAGCUCCCAUUCCGGAAGACAAGCAAAGGGAACUGUUUAACUUCUGCUCAAGGAAUGCAGACACACUAUCGUUUGAGAACCUUUUAACAGCUCUCGUUGGCCUUUGUCGUAUAGAGAGCGUUCAGGAACAUUUCAUUGAGGAAUGUAAGGAGUUUGCUUCAUGGGGUUUAAGACCUCCUUUGCUCACCAUACCAAUGAGCGAUUCGUACAUAUCAUUUUAUGAAGUGAUGUCAUACGUCACACACCUGUCCGUAGAAGAAGUUAUGGAGUUAGAAAAGGUCUUCGCAACAAUCAGUGAUCGCUCCGUUUGUAAACUAUCGAAAGAUCGAUGGGACGCAGCCUUGUGCGGUUGUUUUCCAAAAAAGUUCUCUAAUCAAUUAUUUCGUGUUUUUGAUGAGAAUGGAGACAAUCAGAUCGAUUUUCGUGAAUUGGUAUGUGGACUAUCAGCCAUGUGCCGCGGUCCUUUUCCAAGUCGGCUCUCUUUCUUAGCGAAAUUGUGGGAUGAGGACUGCGAUGCGAAACUUUCUGAUUCCGAAUUGGAGCAGAUGUACGAAGAUUUGCACGUGCCCGUCAAAGAUCGAACGGUGGCGAAAAGCGCUGGGGAAAAGGCUGCAGCGGUAGACUUUGCUACAUGGGCGAACGAAAACGAGUACGCUAAAGAGCACUACGCAAUGGCCAUGGAAAUUGGUCACAUUUGCCUUGGCUUGCGCCCUGAGUCACAUAUUGUAGGAUUAGCCCUUGUUAAUUCUUUCGAGCAACGUUCAAAAGAUUUACCUCUACCGGAAUGGAAUAUUGUUUCUUCUAUCUGGCAUGCUGAAUGGGCGAAAGCUGCGACGGAGGGAAAAGCACCCCCACCGGUGGAUAAUUCUUCCAUCAAAGGCACAAAAGCGGACGACGGAUGGAGUGGAAAGGUGGCUUGUUUAUCACUGGAAUCGGCGAAUCUUCGUGCGGAUCUUACUGCGAAGGACUAUAUUGCUGUGCCUUCUGCCCUCUGGCGAGCAUGGCUUCGCUGGCACGGGAGCGCUCAGUCUGUCGAUGGCCAGUUCACUCGUAAAAGGCUCAGCGGUGAAUUUUUCCCAGAUGGAAAAGAAGCGCUAGAGCUGUAUCCUAUGGAUAUUCUUCUCUUGGGACACGACAAGAAGAAACUGAAAGAUGUUGACGGUAUACAGCAGACGUCGCCUUGGGCAUGCGCUCAGGUUUCUCGGAGUUGUACUGUGGACGAGCUCUUGCAGUUGUGUAGAAGCGAGUUGAGACUCGGCGAUGGAGAUGCAAGGUUGUGGCUGGUUGGUGAUGAUGGAAAUACACUUCUGGAUGACGGAAAACGAACACUGCAUCAGUUGACUGUGAAGGGGAAGCGUGUGAAUAAG